UUUUCAUUUCCAGGGGAUUUGCAUAUUGGUGUUUAUUUAAUUUUGCCUUGUUGGGUGUCAUCAACUAACUCUGCCGCUACUUGUUGUCUCUUCAGAUGCAUGCAGGCCCUGCAAUGAUACAGAGAUCCUAAUGGCAGUUUGCACCAGUGACUUUGUUGUGCGAGGGAACAUCCGGUCUGUGGAGGAGGAUGAAACUCUCCGAGCAGCCGUGAUCAAGGUCAGCGCCACCCGGGUCUUUCGUCAGAAGUACACCCUUUUCACCAGCAACAGUCGGCUGGCCAGUCGUGGCGAAAUCCGGACUCUGCUACAGUGCGGUGUCAAGCCGGGACCAGGCAGUUUCCUCUUCACUGGCAGGGUCCAUUUCGGGGAGGCCUGGCUGGGGUGUGCACCACGCUACAAGGACUUCCUGAGGACUUACACUGUGGCCAAAGCAGCUCAGCAGAUCCCCUGUGAACUGCCCGUAGACUGAGAAGCUCUGGUGCUGCUCGUCUACACUGCAGAAUCAAAGCGUGGCGCUGAAAGCCCGGCCAGAUUGAGCCCUGUCCAGGAGGAGGCCGCAGUGAGCAAAUCAACGCCGUUGUAGCCACGGAGCCAACGGUGGAUGUGGCCAUUCCAAAGGACUGAGGAGAGAAAUGAACCCUCUGCCAUCAGGCAUUUCAGUGCAAUAAGCAGUCAUGGUCCAAAAGACAAGGUGGAGUCAUGACUUCCUAGACAUGGAUGAAAGGACUUGGCGGUGGACAUCUGAACAAAUAGGGAUCAGAGAGCCUAUGCUCGGAAAAGCCAUUCAUUCUUGUCUAAUUUAAAACUCAGGAAAACAAUGUAAAAUCCAGCAGCAAGCUUACUGUCUGCUAGCCAAGGUUUUCAUAGAAAAACACCUCAGAACACCUUUCUAUGUUUUCUUUUUGGUUGGAUCAUGUG